AUGAGUGUCAUACCAAAUAGCCCAACUCUGGUAGCCGAGGAAAAUAUCGAGAAAAUUCGCGCGGUGGUGGAAAUCGCGCCUCGUGUUCACCGUGUUAUUCUAGAGAAGAAGGAUCGACUACCACUUCAAGGAGAGAUGUUCGAAAAUGACAAGGGCCACCAAAUUGUUCUGAAGCAAAAAUUAGGCGAUGGAGCUAUGGGACAUGUAUUUUUGACAGAGGUUGAUGGAAGGUAUGGUUAGAUUCAGUAGAAUCAAAAAUUUGGUUUUUUUGAAGAUCGGUGGCUGUGAAAACCGAAAAACAUUCGACUGCAAUGUUGCCGAUGGAAAUCAAGGUUCUUCUUAUCACAAUGCGCGAGAAUUGCAAGCAUUUUUGCAGAAUUUAUGAUUAUGUAAGUGAAAACAUGGGUUUUAGGUAUAGUUGGACAUCGGCUAAAUCGACUAAAUGACAUUUUCAUGUUUUUUAAGCAAGUAAGUUGAAAUAUUGGGUUCUAAUGUUAUUCAUAUGAUAGAAUGGUCUAAGGCAAACCGAAUGAUAUAAAUUUUGAUGACUUUACCUUAUCCAUAAGUGAUUUAGCGGCUUAUCGACUAAAUAUCGACUAAACGUCGUUAAAUCACUUAUGGAUAAGGUAAAGUCAUCAAAAUUUAUAUCAUUCGGUUUGCCUUAGACCAUUCUAUCAUAUGAAUAACAUUAGAACCCAAUAUUUCAACUCAUUUGCUUAAAAAACAUGAAAAUGUCAUUUAGUCGAUGUCCAACUAUAGUUUUAGGCGUACUCAUAAGGUAGAUUGGGUAAGGAAGAUUCGAAUUAUAUAAUUUUUGAUGGUUUUAGGGUACCUUAGCGAAGUAACCUUAUGGGUGUCCUAAAUUCAUCAAAAAUUAUAUCAUUCGAAUCCUCUCAAGAUUAAAAUCGCGAAAAACAUCGAAUAAAACCUUAUUCAGGGAAAUGUUCGUCGUGAAUAUAACUACAUGAUAAUCAGCUUAUUGGGAAGAGAUUUAUAUCGUCUUCGAUCGGAAAUGCCUACAAGAUCGUUCUCUAUAAACACUACAACAAAAAUCGCGCUCGAAACAUUGGAAGCAAUCGAAGAAUUGCAUAGCAUCGGUUAUUUGAGUCGUGACGUCAAACCGAGCAAUUUCGCGCCAGGAUUGCGCGACUUCAAAGAGCACAAAACCAUAUUUAUGUUCGAUUUUGGCCUAGCCAAAAAGUAUGUUGAUCGAGAGAAUCGGAAAUUAAAGUCACGCGGUGAAGUUGGUUGGAGAGGAACUGUUAGAUAUGGAAGUCUGAAUGCUCAUAAAAGAUUGGAUCUUGGAAGACGGGAUGAUUUGGAAUGCUGGUUUUAUAUGCUUGUCGAAAUGCAUGUUGGCGAAGUUCCCUGGCGCUUUUUGACGGAUCGAGCGGCUGUUGGUAAAGCGAAAAUUCACGCGAGAGAAGAGGGCCGCGCAAAUUUCUUUUUCAAGUUACCAAAACAAUUUGAUACGAUUCUUCAAAUGAUUGAUAGCUACGCAUUUGAAACUCGCCCAGAAUACCGGCAAAUCAAAAAACUUAUAAAUGAGAUUCGCGCGGAAAACAAUUGCCCAAAUCAUAUACACUGGGAUUGGCAAACCGAUGAAUCACAAUAUUCUGAACUCACUGAAGCUGUCUCAGUUAUGUCGGAUAUGGCAAUUUUAGCCGAACAAGGCGCAACAAAUGUUACUGAUCGUGGAUAG